AAUUCCACACUUCAGUUCCACUCACAUCUCAACUCGAACAAGUUCCAUAUUUUCUUGUAAUUUGUACUAAAUUAAAAUGUCAGUUGCACCGGUUGCACCUCCCGCGGAGGAUUAUAAAUACGUCAAUUUCUUGGAAACAUUCAAUUGUACAACAAUCAAUGGGAAAAUUGGAAUCGCGUUAUUCGGCGUCGGGAGAGCUGGGAUGAUCCACCUGAACAAUUUGUCUCAAAACAAGCGAGUGAACCUCCUCUACGUCGUUGAACAAGAUAACGAAAGGAACAAAAAAGUAGAGGCAACCUCCGGAUUGGAAACGACGAAAUUUGUCAAUUCCUCAAAGAUGGAUCUCGUUUUGGAUGAUCCAAAAGUGCAAGGCGUGGUGAUAACGACGCCCACGCAAACGCAUCACGCAAUCGUGGUGGAGUCCUUAAACAAGGGAAAAGCCGUAUUUUGUGAGAAACCAAUCGCUAACCGGAUAAAAGAGAUUAAAGAUUGUUACAAUUUGGCGAAAGAGAAAAAUCUGCCCUUGCUUUGUGCAUUCAAUCGAAGAUUCGACCCCUCAUUCCUCAAUGUUCGAGAUCGUGUACGAAAGGGGGAAUUGGGAGAUAAAGUCCACAUCAUCAAAUCCACGAGUAGAGAUUCACCUCUGCCUUCAAUCGACUAUCUUAAAACGUCAAACGGGAUUUUCCACGACUGUGCGGUCCACGAUAUAGAUUUGUUGUGUUGGAUAAUGGGUGAAUAUCCGACAAAAGUCUUUUCCACCGCCACUGCACACAUGCCUCACAUCAAAGCAAUAAAUGAUCACGAUACCGUCACAAUUAGCUUAACUUUUCCUUCCGGGGGUAUGGGAAAUAUCGAUUUGAGUCGCUUUGCAAAUUAUGGAUAUGACCAACGGUUGGAGGUGUUUGGACCGGGUGGGAUGCUCCAAUGUGGGAAUCAAAACACUCUCGGAGUGCAAUCUUAUACGUCGGGAAACGUGAGGGAGCCGCCGAUCUGGUACUCGUUCGCUUCCAGAUAUGAUGAAGCGUAUAAAAAAGAAUUGGAGCAUUUCUUGGACGUCAUCGAUGGAAAGGAAAAGCUGUCGAUUUUGUCCACUGAGACCUUGUCCGUUUGUCAAGUGGCUUCUUCUUGUGAGGAAUCUGUGCGAACGGGAAAACCGGUCGAAAUGGUUUACGACUUUUGAGGAACAAGUUUAUGAUUUCAAAUUUUAUUGGGUUUCUUUAAAAAAAAUAAAGUAAAAAUUCUGCUUAAUAAAUAAAUCUUUUUGUACGCA